AUGUCGGAGAAAAAGAUGAAACAAAAGGAGCUGAAAAGACGGAACAUCAUCGAUUCAAUAAGGCGCAUCGACGAAUUCCUGCAAAAUUACGAUCCUGACCGAGAUUCCCAAGAGGUAGCGAUACGAAUGAGCAGACUGGAUACACUGAUGGAGACUUUCGAGUCGAUUCAAGCUGAGUAUGAGACAUUUGAUGAUACUGAUGAAUUUAUUCAUUUAAAUACGGCAACCAGAGCAAAGGUAGAAGAGCAAUAUUUUCGAGUUAAAGGUGGUUUGAUGUCGCUAGUCCCUCCCGCUGCACCAGUUCCAAUUCAGCCGGUAUCGACAGUACCUAUAGUUUCGCAGUUUAGUGGUGCAAAACUUCCGACGAUUUCUUUACCUCAGUUCGAUGGGGACUUGAACGAUUGGUUAACAUUCCAUGACUCAUUCAAUUCGUUAAUCCAUUCCGCUUCGGAGAUCCCGUGUAUCCAAAAAUUCCAAUACUUACGCUCAGCUUUAAAGGGAGAUGCACUUAAACUGAUAGAGUCGCUUACGAUCACCGCAAACAAUUACGCGGUUGCCUGGGAGUCCCUUUUGAACCGGUAUUCAAACAAAUACUUACUGAAAAAGAAGCACUUGCAAGCCAUAACGUCCCAACCCAAGCCAAUCGGAAAAUCUAUUUCAUCCCUGCGUGUCGUGGUAGAAGAAUUCCAGCGACAUGUAAAAAUUUUGGAACAAUUGAAUGAACCUACAGCGCACUGGAGCAGCCUGUUGGUUCAAUUGCUUUGUACAAGAGUCGAUGAGCAAACACUGAAAGACUGGGAAGAGUUUAUUUCUGCUGAUGGUGAUCCAACGUACACAAAUCUCAUCGAAUUUCUUACCAAGAAAAUCCGCACCAUGGAAUCACUAUCCAUAAAUGCUGAUUAUUCUGUGCCAUCCACUCAAAAUAAACACCAUUUUCCCGUAAAGCACCAAAGGUCAUCCCAAGGUCAACCUUCUUCCCGAAUUGGAAGCUUCGCCGCAACGGAAAACUGCUUACCCGCCUGCCAUGCAUGCGAACAACGACACUUCCUAGUUAAAUGUCCCGUUUUCGAGAAAAUGUCGUUAAAGGAUAAACUCCAAUUGGUUAACACAAAGAAGAUUUGUAGUAAUUGUUUCCGUAGGGAUCAUUUCGUUCGAAAAUGUGCUUCCAAAUAUGCCUGUCAAAUAUGCCAAAGGCGUCAUCACACUUUGUUACACCCUGGUUUCGAGACAACAGCGACUGUCAUCGAAAAUCCCAAUCAUGGCGCUACCCAUGGCCAGCUUCCUCAACACUGCCCAAGUUCCAACGUUGCUCGAUGUGAGAUCGGGACGGUUCCAGCUGCAACUGAUAAAAUCGUUUCCACCAACUCAGUAUCUGACCCCCGCAGUAUUAACGUGUUCCUAUCGACGGUGGUACUCAUCGUGUUGGAUAGAUAUGGGAGAGAACAUCUAGCCCGAGCGAUUUUAGAUUCUGCAUCCCAAUGCUGUUUGAUGAGCGAACGACUCUCGCAACGAUUAAACUUACCUCAACGACGUCUGAAUCAACCAAUCUUUGGCGUCGGCGAAUCAAAAGUUCGAGCUACUGGUUUGGUUUCCACUGAAGUACGAUCGCGAAUUGGAAAGUUUGCAGUCCAAAUAGAUUGUCUGAUUCUCCCCAAGAUUACAACCAUGCUACCUGCGGUCACUGUCAAAAGGGACAGUUGGACUAUACCCGAGGGUAUUGACCUGGCAGAUCCCAACUUUAACGUUUCCCAAAAAAUUGAUUUGAUUAUUGGUGCUGAACACUUCUGUACCUUCCUGAAGGGUGGCCGGAUUGAUUUAGGAAAAUCAUACCCUAUGCUGAUUGAAAGCGAGUUUGGAUGGCUCGUUACCGGAAUAUCGUCACAUGAAACAACCCAUCACACUCCGAUAUGUAACAUUUCUACCCUAGAGUCACUCGAUAGGAACAUAGAGAAAUUUUGGCGAAUAGAAGAAUUGCACACAAAGGUACUUUCCCCGACAGAACAAAUGUGUGAGGACUUUUUUCGUGACACGGUUUCUAGGGACAAUUCCGGGCGGUAUAUAGUGAAAUAUCCAAAAAGGGAGGACAUUUUUAGUAAAAUUGGUGAUUCCUACUCUAAUGCAUUAAGGAGAUUGGAAAGCCUCGAACGAAAACUGGAUCGGAACGAGCAGCUUAAGGAAAGAUAUCAUACGUUCAUGUCAGAGUUCAUUAACCUCGGGCAUAUGCGUGAAAUAUCUCAGGAUGAAAAGAAAUCUUUGAUUACCUGUUACCUCCCUCACCACCCGGUCGUGAAGGAAUCGAGCACGACUACCAAGGUGCGCGGCGUGUUCGACGCGUCGGCAAAAACCAGUACCGGAUAUUCCCUGAACGAUGCACUUUUAGUUGGUCCUGUAAUCCAAGACGAGUUGUAUACCAUUAUUUUGCGCUUCCGACGGUACCGAAUAGUUCUUUUGGCGGACAUAGAAAAGAUGUACCGCAUGAUAAAAAUACACCCUGAUGAUCAGUUUCUCCAAUGUGUACUGUUUCGUUUCAACAAAAAUCACCCCGUUACUGAAUAUGUCCUCACCACUGUGACGUAUGGAUUGGCACCCUCAUCCUUCUUGGCGACACGAUCGUUGUGUCAACUGGCUGAAGACGAAGGCCACUUGUUCCCUCUCGCUGCCAAAGCUCUUAAGCGAGAUUUUUAUAUGGACGAUUUCAUCCGAGGAGAGGAUAGUGUUGAGUCGGCGAUUAAACUGCGACGAGAGAUGUCUGAGUUACUCAUGCGAGGAGGUUUUCGUUUACGAAAGUUUUGUUCCAAUUCCCACGAGGUCCUAAACGAUAUACCAGAGGAAGACUUGGCCACUCAAUCCGAUCGAACGUUCGAUCCAGAGCAGACGAUCAAAACUUUGGGAAUUAGCUGGGAGCCUUCGACUGACCAAUUUCGUUUCGAAGUCAACGUUAAUAUGAAAGAUGCACCAAUAACGAAACGUCAUAUCCUAUCAAUAAUCGCGCGGCUUUACGAUCCACUUGGUUUAAUCGCACCUAUCAUCGUCCGGGCCAAAAUAGUAAUGCAACAACUGUGGACGUUAUCGUUGGAUUGGGAUGAAGAAGUACCCGCUGAAAUUCAAACCAUAUGGAUAUCCUUUAUUUCUGAUUUACCACAGCUUGCAGAAUUUCGUAUUGAACGGUAUGCAUUUGAGACAGGAGAUGUGCAAUUACACUGCUUAGCGGACGCCUCUGACGUGGCUUAUGGGGCAUGUGUGUAUGUGCGUUCGGAUAUGGGCUACGGAAGAAUCAAGGUGGAACUAUUAACUUCCAAAUCAAGGGUGGCGCCGUUGAAAAAACGCAGUAUUCCGCGGUUGGAAUUGUGCGCCGCUAAGCUAGCUGCUCAGCUAGUGGCAAAGGUUGGUACCGCUUUGGAAAUCCGAGUGGAGUCUAUUUGGUGCUGGUCAGAUUCUACCGUAGUAUUAUUUUGGCUGCGUUCCCCAUCGCCUACCUGGAAAACAUUUGUGUCAAAUCGCGUGGCUGAAAUCCAAAUUCUAACCCAUGGCUCUAAAUGGCGGCAUGUACCGGGAGCGGAAAAUCCAGCUGAUCUAGUUUCCCGGGGUAUGACAGUCCAACAAAUCAUAAAAAGCGAGCUCUGGAGACAUGGACCAGAGUGGUUGCAAAAAGAUAAAACUUAUUGGCCGGAAUUUCAAAUCCCUUUAGCCGCCCCGUCUGACGAAAUACUUGAGCGUAAGGUGACUAGUUUGGCGAUCCGAAUACCACCACCACCUAACCCUUUAAUAACUCGAUUUUCUUUAUAUCACCGUAUGGUACGAUCGAUUGCUUAUUGCCUUCGAUUUAUUAAAAACUCUCGUAAGGGAACGAGAGAAAGCACCAUUGUUCUAUCGCUAGAAGAAGUGAAACAUUCACAAACCACACUGGUAAAAUUGGUGCAAGCUGAGUGCUACCCGAACGAGCUACGAGUUCUCCGCAGAGGACAAUCGGUUGCCAAUCAGUCCACAUUGAAGCUGUUGAAUCCGUUCGUGGACUCGUCUGGAAUUAUUCGUGUCGGUGGUCGACUGAGACUGUCGAAUCAACCUUAUGAAACCAAACACCCUAUUCUCUUACCUGGCACUCAUCAUUUCACCCGACUGCUGCUUGUAUCAUACCAUCGUAAACUAUUACACGGAGGAAUUUCUCACACACUCGCUGCAGUUCGAAACGACUUUUGGCCAACCUGUGGUAGAAGGGCCGUACGCAGCACAAUUUGGAAUUGUUACCGCUGUACCCGUGCCGAUCCUCGCCCGAUUAAACAGCCUGUUGGGCAAAUUCCAUCGCCUCGCAUCACUCCAAGUCGGCCGUUCGCAUCAGUUGGUGUAGACUAUUGCGGACCGGUCUAUAUUAAAUCCAGAAUUCGCAAAGGUACCGCAAUUAAAGCUUAUGUUGCGAUCUUCGUAUGCUUCUGCACCAAAGCAGUACAUAUUGAGUUAGUUGGGGACUUGACUACAGUAGCUUUUCUCUCUGCUCUGCGGCGAUUUAUGGCACGUCGUGGCACCCCAGAACAUAUUUAUUCGGAUAAUGCCACGAAUUUUGCUGGUGCCAAACACGAACUUCAUGCUCUCUACCAAAUGCUCAAACCAUCCAAACAGAACAGUAUCGCUACCAAUCUCGCAACGAUGGGAAUUCAAUGGCACAUGAUUCCUCCUCGAGCUCCAAACUUUGGGGGGCUUUGGGAGGCCGCUGUAAAGGUGGCAAAAAGGCACCUGCUUCGUCAAGUUGGAGCAAGUACAUUACUUCAGGAGGACCUUGAAACGGUGUUGGUGCAAAUUGAGGGGUGCAUGAACUCGCGCCCUUUGACGGCGUUAUCAGACGACCCUAACGACCUGCGAGCUCUUACCCCAGGGCACUUCUUGGUGGGCUCAUCACUACUGGCGCUUCCGGAUCCGGACCUUCGGGAGGUUCCUACCAAUCAUUUGAGCAGAUAUCAGUUUCUUCAACAAAAACUACAGCAUUUCUGGUACCGCUGGACAUCCGAGUAUCUCAAGGAGUUACAACGUCAAGCUACCGUCAACCCACGUAAAGUCGAUCUGAAGGUCGAUCAAGUGGUUAUUCUCCAAGAUCAUCAGCUUCCUCCAAUUCGCUGGCCGUUAGCCCGCAUAAUGGAAUUGCAUCCAGGACAAGAUGGUGUAGUGCGUGUUGCGACCGUACGUACUGAAGCUGGUAUUUUUAAACGGCCCACUUCGAAGCUGUGUCUACUACCGUCGGCGUUGGAAGGCGAUAAUAAUAAAGAAGAAACAAACUUAGAAAAUAAGUUAUCAGAUUUAAAUUGA